CAAAUGGAGACGAAAUUUGUUCUCCGCACGUCACAGCGCUUGAAAAGCCCUCUUCUACGCCACCUCCGAUACGCCUCCUGCAACAGCAAACCUUCCACGCAACAAGCAAAGCCGAUCGGAGAUUACUAUGUCUCUAUCCUCCAAUCCUCUACUCCAACAAUCACUAGCAAACCACCUACGACAGCAAUUCCCUCCUUGACACCUGCAAUCUCUACCACCCGCUCUGAUGCUCUGGAAGAGCCUAAGAUUCUCUUCUCCUCACGCCUCUCUUCACCUUUAGAACGACGCUCUGAAAUCCAGAAGAAGUCAGUGCUAGUGGCAGGCGUAUGGGUUCCUCCACGACCCGACGAACCGGACAAUUGUUGUAUGAGUGGCUGCGUGAAUUGUGUCUGGGAUCGAUAUGGAGAUGAGCUAGAAGAGUGGGCGGCUGCUAGGAAGGAGGCUGACCGCGCCUUGAGAAAAGAGAAAGGAUACGAGCAGGGCAAGAAGAGGAGGAAGAAGAGAGCUUCGCAUACUUUGAUCAGCGUGGAUGAUGAUGGAGGUGGGAGCGAGACGAAUUGGGGGACGGGAUUGGAGACAGAUUUUACGAGUGAAGAUUUAUUCAAAGGUAUUCCUGUGGGAAUAAGGGAGUUUAUGAAGCAAGAGAAGCGGUUGAAAGAGAAGCAUGCCAGGGAGGGAACAAUAGGGUAG